AUGGCUGCUGGUGCCUGUGGUCAUCACAUUCAUGAUAAGGAACAGCGGGAAACUGAAUUUUCUUUCUUCAUCAAUUCCGAUUACUUCCUUUAUAUGCGAUUUUUAUCCUUUUGCCUUUCUCGUAUACAUUUUCGAAUUUUGUGUCUGUUCUUUUCAUCUCUCUCCUCCCCUCUCCCCUCUCUCUCCCCCCCUCUCUCUCCCCUCUCUCCCUCCCCCUCUCUCUCUCUCUCUGACCCUUUUUGCACUCUUUAUUUUUUGUUCUGUUUUAUAUUUUUCCCUAUCACUUUCCUAUUAUUCCACACACCUUUUUGUUUUCUCUUUUCUUCAGCGUUUCCGUUUAGUUUCUUCUUUUUUCUUUUCUUUCGCUUUUCCUUGUUUUUUGCCUUACAAAUAUUUUUGCCUUACAAAUAUUUCCUUCUUUCGAUUCUCUCUCACUUUAUAUGUUUGAAUUUUUUCUUUCUUUUUUAUCCUUCUUUUCUCUUCUAG